ACUUGUUGAGUUUUUAGUUAUUGUUCUGUCUCUUUGGUUGUCGUUUCAAGUGACGUCUUUGAUAUCUACACCAGAAACGCCGUUCGUUUACCGUGUCUCACUGCAUCGAUCGAUUGAGAUCAUUAAUCUUCGGCCAUGUCGUGGUCGAAGGCAUGUAGAGGGACUCGAAUUUCGUCAUAUUUAGAGAAUCUUCAUCGAACAUCGUUGCAUUCAACGAGGACCGUGCCUCUUGUUCCUUGGUCUCGUUAUGGCAAUCAGUAUAAUCUCCGAAGCAAGAGAGCGCUUUGGGGAAGCUCAUCUUCGUUUUUCCCUUUGAAUUCUCAUUCCGCUGCUGCUAAAUCGAUGUUGCUCGGUGGUGCUCAUCGACAGUAUUCUACUCAGUCGAUAACAGAAACCAAAUCAAAGAAAAUGCUCUACUACCUAACUGGUGUUGUCUUUGGCAUGGUGGGGCUAACUUACGCCGCUGUGCCAUUGUAUAGAACGUUCUGCCAAGCUACUGGUUAUGGAGGUACUGUUCAACGCAAAGAGACUGUUGAGGAGAAGAUUGCUAGGCAUUCAGAAUCUGGCACCGUCACCGAAAGGGAGAUUGUGGUGCAGUUCAAUGCUGAUGUUGCAGAUGGGAUGCAGUGGAAGUUCACUCCAACUCAAAGAGAGGUGAGAGUAAAGCCAGGAGAAAGCGCGCUGGCCUUUUACACUGCUGAAAACAAAAGCUCAGCUCCAAUAACCGGAGUCUCCACAUACAAUGUCACUCCCAUGAAGGCGGGAGUUUAUUUCAACAAGAUACAAUGUUUUUGCUUUGAGGAGCAGCGACUUCUUCCCGGAGAACAGAUCGACAUGCCGGUCUUCUUCUAUAUUGAUCCGGAGUUUGAGACUGAUCCAAGAAUGGACGGAAUCAACAAUCUGAUAUUGUCUUACACUUUCUUCAAAGUGUCCGAGGAAAAUACUUCAGAUUCGGUCGACAAUAAAAGCUCUGUUCCAGUUCAAGAAACCAAGUAAAAAGUGUCUGUCUAUUUUUUCUAAAGAGAAACUCUCAAAUCUUUGUAGAAUUUUAUGAAGGCAUCUUUGUUAUGCUGUUAGUUUUGUGCUUCAGUUAUGUCUAAGAAACAUGGAAAUAUUAUAAGCGCGAAGAGCUUAAUAACUUGAAACAGAAGAUUCGUUAAAUAAUA